UGCAUUAUUAUGUGUGUUUGCUAAAAGCCGGUUGGAGGACCACAGACACAAGAGAUGCCUAGAGGUUUCGUCAGAACUGCUUUUAGUAACGGGUAAGUAAUUUUCCAUUCUCUGACUGUUACUUCUAAAGUGAAUAAUUUAACAGUCAGUACGCACUACGAACACGAUUCACGCUUACUCCAGCAACGAUUAUCGCUUCUUUCUACGGCAUGUUUAAGGCUAGAUGUUGAUAAAGAUUGUCUUUGGUUUUUGUUCUGAAACAUUCAAACGACGGCGUGUUAAAAUGGGUCAAGUCUGUUUAUCUAGAAACAACUUCCUGUGAAUGCUGAUCUCGAAAUAAAUUUGUCUGAAAUUUCUGGGCUCGCUUCGAACCAGAUACAUUAACAUAAUUUUAUAAUAGCAAGGCUGUGGUUACAAGUUUUGAGUCUUUUAUUCAAAUUGAAACAGCUAAAUAUGAAAGGCUGCUUUGCCUGCGGUAAUGCUUUGCCGAUCCAUAUUAUUUUGACUAUUUUGAUUAGGUGGAUGGAAAUUUAGUCGAGUUAUAAGUUCAAUUUAACGAUUGAAGACAUUGAGGAGAAACUGACUUAAAAGGUAUUUUCUUUAAUAAAGCUGUUUAAAGAAAAAACGUGCGAGCAAGUGCAUGGAAUAUUAGCCUUGCCUAUAUAUAGAAUCUUCUUGGAAGUCGGUAUCGACUUCCUUGUUCUCCUUUGUGAAGAGGAGGUAUUUGUCGGUGUUUCGUCGGGAAAUUGUCGUGUUUUUCCGUUAUUCAGCGAAACAUCUUCGCACUUUUGAGGAGAAACAGAUGCAGAGGAGAUCGGCUUUUAUUCGUUGGCAUCUUUAGGGGCCGAUAAUUUAUAAACGGAGUUGAGCUGCUGUAUAUGCAAAAACGGGUUUUAAACAGUAUUUUCAGUUUGGAAAUCGUAUCUUCUUGAUAUUUUUUACUGUUAAUAAUUAACGUCAAGAAGGUUUUUGGGCAGAAGACUAGACGUAAGCUUUCCCGCAAAAAGCUUUUCCAUUUUUAGCAAGUUUCUAAAAACAUACUUUAGUGCCAAUCAAUCGAACGAGUUUAAUUUGUUUAUAUGCGUACUAAGUUAAAAAUUUUUUGGUGUCAUGCCUGGUGUCAUAUUCACUCAGGAAACUAAAGACAAUUAACGCACUGUGAACAGGUGUUUUUAUAUAUUUUAGCUAUAAUCCCGGGUAUAGUGUAGAGGUGGCAUUAAGCUCCCUUUCUGCAGCACAGUACCAAAUUUCAUUAAUAAAAAGCUGAAAGCUUAUCUUCUUACUGUUUAUUUUUCUUGCUUAUCGCGUACUCAGGUGUCAUGUUAAGCCAGAUGCUAAAAUUUAAGGCCAACGAAUUGUAUUUCCCGGUAGGUGUUCAGGAGCCAUGUUCGUCCGUCCGGAGACAUUCCCCUAACCAGUCUUCGAUCUUUAGUCACAGUAAAAAAAUAGUACUCGAUAGCUAGGCGCAGUGUACUGGCCGGGGAAAUUGGAAAAUGGAAAGUAAUUAAGUUCGUUGAACGUUAAAAAUAUCUUUGUCCUCAGUAUAGUCUGUGGACAUACAAAUUUUAUGAUAGGAAUCUAUUAAUACUGACUUUGGAUAGCACUUAAAAAAAAAGACAAGAAUUUUAAUAAUAUAUUACAACUGGAAUUAAAAAAAGAAAAAAAGGCUAGGACGAGUGUUUGAACACCUAAAGUGAAACCUUCAAACCCAAUCUCUACUUUAUAUUCUCUCUGGAAAAUGUGCCAAUUUCCUUUUUUAUUUUGGGUGUUUAUCAGACGCUAUGUCUGGGAGUUAAAAACCACAAUACAAGCGCAUAAUUGAUACCCUGCGAGUAGUGGUUUCUCGAAGCGUCCGGCCCGGAGAAACCACUGCUCGCAGGUUACAUAAUUGAAUACACUUAUAUUCACGCGUUUAUUUUAGUACUCGUGAAAUCUUGACCGCGAAAUUACGUAACGAAUGGGGUAGAACCGAGCUGUUUUGUUCUCUUUUCAUAUUAUUUGCUUUUUAUUUAUUGUCAUCGUGAAACUGACUUUUUCGACUUUCAAUUUGUCUCCUUUUCUUCUUUUUCUUGUUCUUCCUCUUCUUUUUUGCACUCAUCAGCAUUUUCUACCAGCUGAACCUUCUUAGUUUCACAAAAUAUUUCCAAGAUUUUGCCAUAAUCGAGAUAUAAAUUACCCGUGACUUCACUUUUUCGAGCAGGUUUGAUAUUCGCUACUCUUCUGUCGGCAAAGGCGUGACGAAAACACUAGAGAACGUGUGCCCCCGAUUAUCGAAUUCCACCUUAAGGUAUAAUCCCCUAAACUUGUCUUGUCAUGAAUUAUUAGUAUUUUGCUCGACGGUAUACUAUGAAGACCCGAGUCUUUACACUUAUUUCUUGUGUUUACUCUUGAAUUCACUCGCACACGGGUAUGGAAUCCGCGGUAUUCUGAUCAAGGAAAAGCUGUCAACGGUAUGUCAACGAAAUCUACAGGAAAUAAUUCUCUUAGCCUCACUCCACGAUAAUUUUUUUAUUGCGUUAUUAAGAAUGGAAUCUUUACUCUAAUUUGAGGCUUUAACUCCAUUCCAUAACAUGGAGAUUACUCCCUAGCUAACAUUGCUCUUUUCGUAACUAAUUUUCAUUGUUCUGGGAGCGUCAGAAUCUCUAGAUUCAUCCUAAGAUUCUAGCCAAUUCUAGGAGAGAAAGAAGAAACGUAUUAUGGUAGCGAAGUCUUCUUUUUUCCCUAAAACGUUGACUUGUAUCGUUUGACCUAAAAAAAAAAACGUAACUAAAAUGUGAAAAACACGCGCAGUGGUUCAUGAUUAUCGACAAGAGCCAUGGCUCUUGUUAUCGAUUAUCUUUAUUUUGUAUUUGUUUUGGCUUACUUGUGUGUUUACAGGGUGUAAGGAAUAUUUGGCUUUGAGACAAUGGAAACAUUCCUAAUCUGCUGAGCUUUGAACACCGUUUACAAUGCAAUUCGAUUUAUAGUUCAUGUGAUAUAUCCGUAAGAGCACAUAGCGAGAGAAUGUCAUGUAUAACUCGUAAUCAGGCAAGGUUUCUUGGAAAAUCAUUAGCACAUAUGACUUUCCACCGGCUGACCGCAGGAAUCCGGUAUUCGGAUACUUUGGAACCGGACGAGGCCUUACCCGACCAGGAAACAACAUUUGCGUCACGUUCAUAAUAUCCCUUUAUAGAUCUAGAAAGGAACCGUGAAAAAGUACUUCAUUCCUAUGGUUUACGUCAGGGUAGACUUAACUUUCAACUACAAUUAUAACAAUGCGUCAGAGAACAUCGAACAAAACAUGUACACUGUCGACUUUUUUGUAAGUUCUGGCUUAUACAACCCCUUAAGGGGUUUUAGGACAGCUUAUAAACGGAGAGGGGACUUAUAAUCGGACCAAAAAACGUUUCAAAACAAGCUACAUAGCACAGCGGAUCUAGGGGGAGGGUGCAGGGGGUGCGCACUCCCCCCCCUGAGAUGACCUGCGGUUUUCUAAUACAGCUGGUAUUCUGCAAAAAAAAAACUAUGUGGUUUAUUGGUGUUGAAGUAGAGCAAGAGACGAGUGCACACCCUCCUAAAAAAAUCCUAGAUCCGCCCCCGUAGCAGGACUGAUCAGAAUGCUUUUAGUUUGAAGUUACUUGCUUUUCAAGCUUUAAAACGUCGCAGAAAAUCGAAUUUACUAGUAAUACAAGCUAGAGGGAGGCUUAUAUAUUCGGAAGGGAUAGAAAAAUGCCUAAUUUCACGUUUUAUGGAGGACGUAAACAAGGGAAAUUUUCUUUCUUUUUCUGACCUUGAAUCUGUUUGUUAGGAAUUUCGCUCAAAAAGAGUCUGCUUGCAUGUGACGAUUAAGUACAGUAAAUGAGUUGGAGUUAUCGCGUUCGAUAUUGAAAAAACGCAAAUUCACUUUUUAAACAAAUGAAAGCGGAAAUAAUCAGUCUAUUAAGGCGGUUGAAAAAACUGGUGCACUAUCAUGCAUUUACAAAUUAAAGUAAAUUAGCAUCUGACUUAGUAAACUAGGAACGCCCGUCAGCAUAAGUUUGACUGAUCAUGAAAGACUUCCUUAGUGAUCUAGAAGGUGCCUAGCAAAUGCCUAGUCAGCGCCUUUCUUCAUACUAAUUUGAGUGCCUAGUCAUUUGCCUUUCUGCAUACUAAUAAGUCAAUGAUAAGUUGAUAGUUAUUUAAUUUUAUUUGCCAAUAACUGUACUUUCGCGCAACGACCUUACAAUAAAAACAAAAGACCCGGGCUAGUAGAAGUGUCCAAGGGAAUUAGCAGUUUUGGGGGGAGCAAAAGUGGAGAGCAAAAAAAUAAAUAGUUUAUGAAUGAAAUGCGGUUAAAACUGUUGUUUCUCAAAAUGAAUUGAAAAGGCUCCGUAGGUGGGCUGGUAACAAAAGAGAAAACAAAGCAUGUUUAGGCAAGUUCAAGAUCUUUUUAAAAAAAGAUAUUGCCGAAGGCAGAGUUACUAAGCGUCUACCCUUGUAUUCGAGCCAUCACAUCAGCCUCUUUGGGGUCUUACAAUUUAUAACGGUGAAUUGCUAAGGAGCGGGAACGUGAGAGCUGGUUAGUAAUGAUGGCAUAAAGUUUUUACAGGUAGGAGGAAGCUACAAUCUUAGACAGAAACCUUGAAACACUUUGAACAUUCUCGCACCGCUUCCGUCUCCCUCCCUUUUGCAAUGUUGUUGUAGCCAGUGAAACAGUAAAAUGUCAUCUCAACAUUGCACAGGGGAAAGGGGUAUUUCAAGGAUAUUUGGAGAGGAUUGUAGCUGUAUGGCUGAAACGUUACCCAGCUAAAAACACUUAAUUACAAAGUGAUCCGCCCGGAAACUGAAAAUAUUAAUAAUAUUUUUUUAAUAUUCUCCGCUACUUUUUCUAUGUUCCUAGUAAGAGACUUCAGCGUGUUUUCGAUUUCUUCAUUUUUCUUGGUGUUGAUAAUUGAUAGAAGACUUUAUCUAUUUCCUGCUCCUGCUGCUGGAGUGGAGAAGUUUUGCUUCUUGAAUGCAUUGUGAAUUCUUUGCUCGUCUUU